AUGGUAAGAGCGUUUAAACUUUUUCCCGAUUUCGUUCUUAUAUUAACUUUACUUAUUAGGCAAAAUCAAUGUGCUCACAUCGAUUAUGAUCGAAUGAUUUACGCCAUCGAAGGUCUGGCUGACUAUUACAGCGCAAUCAAGCAAGAGAUAAUCAUUGAUAGUACCUUGUCAUUUCAUUUUACUAAAGGGUACUUAAGAACCAUUUUAGAAGAUGCAUCUAGAAAUGAAUCGUUAUUAAGUCAUAAUCAAUUGGAUCGUGUGACAAAAUUAUACGAUAGGUUUAGAGGAUUGAUAGAAGAUACUGCACCCACUAUCAGCCAAAAACACUACCAGUAUAAAUUUCUGAUACCGCUUUACGUUAGAAAUUUUAAAGUCCCACGAAAAUUACGAAAGCUUAAUCACACCUAUGUACAGCAAAGCCAAGAACAUUCAGUGUCUCGUCAUUAUUCCAAUCAAUGCUUAUGGGAGAUAGUUGGAUCCUGGCCAUAUUAUAGACGACCAUGUAAUUUAUCAGAUAUUUGCGUCAAGUUUAUUUCUCAGUUACACAGCAACAAUUAUAUAAUUACACAUCAAGUAUUGGCAUUAUCAUUUGGUCGCCAAUUCCACUGUCAACAUCAGAUUGCCCCCUUAUCUUCAGCUUUUGGCAGUGUUGGUAAUCUAGAGGCUAUUCUAUGCUCAAGAGUACAUAAAGAAAUGUACAGCUCUCUGUAUAAAGGCCUAACUAAUUUAAAAUUACAAGAUUUAUUCACUGAACAGGUCGAUGUAUGUGGCUCUUUAGAAUUUUUCGAAGAUUUUAUUAAUGAAACAUACGUUGACAUGGUGUUAGAGUGGCAAACAACUCAAGGCUGCUAUAUGCAAUAUAAUGGAACUUACACAUCCAUAUUUCCUAAUGAGAGUAACGGCACCAAGUUAGCGCCAUACUAUUCACGAAGCAAACGAAGCGAUAGCACUGGAACAGAUGGUUGUCAUCAGCAUAUCUCCUCUACAGCUACUGUGUUGAUUGUUGCUCAUUUGCGUUGGUUAACUUUAAAGGGUGAACAUAGUCAAGCAAGUGGAGCCAGUGGAAAAUUAGUACCAAAUUACAUUCUGGCAGUGGUAUUAAUAAUAAUUAUGGCUUCUGGUGUAGGAAGUGUCAUCUUUUUAUAUAUCAAACGAACAAUUAAGAGGAGGCACUAUCAUCUGGUUAAGCAACAAGAAUGA